AUGAAAAAACUAAUUGGUGGAAAUUGGAAAAUGAACUGCACAAUGGACACAUUUGAACAGUCUAAAAAUACAUUACUCAGCAUUCCUGAUGAUGUGGAUGUAUUUAUUGCAGCCCCCUAUGUUUAUGUGGGGGACUGCUUCAGAUAUUUCAAUGAGAAAGUCAAAAUAGGCGCUCAAAAUGUAAGUAAAUUUGAAUGCGGAGCAUACACUGGAGAAGUAAGUGCCAAAAUGCUUCGUGAGCACAAGUUUGAAUAUGUUUUGGUUGGCCAUAGCGAGAGAAGAAUUAAUUUUCUAGAAACCGAUGAUGAUGUUAAUCUGAAACUGAAAAUGUCACUGAAAAAUGGCCUAAGACCUGUUUUAUGUAUCGGAGAACCCAUACCUGAAAGAGUUUCCGGCAGAUAUCUGAUGUUCUUGAAAAAGCAGUUUGCUAACUCAACCCAGGGGCAUAAAAAAUGUAUCGUUUGA